AUGGAGAAGGGACGUGCCAUAAUGUUCUACUUCUUCCUCAUCUUCACUCUUCUUGUUUCCUCUUUCUCUCUUCUUGUGGUUUCUGAACAAGAAGCAAAUAAUCACAAGAUUACUGUUGUGUUUGCUUUUGGUGAUUCAACUUUAGAUCCAGGGAAUAACGAUGGAUUGACAACUCUAAUGCAUGGUGAUCACCUUCCAUACGGUCAUGACUUCCAAGGUGGUAUCCCUACUGGCCGUUUCACUAAUGGAAAGCUCGUUACAGACAUGAUCGUUUCCAGUCUAGGGAUUAAGGAUUCAGUCCCAGCCUACCUUGAUCCAAAGAUCACCAACCAUGACUUGCUCACCGGUGUCAGCUUUGCCUCUGCCGGUUCCAGAUUGGACGACAUGAUGGCCGAUAUAAGUUCUGUUAUAAAAAUGUCAACUCAGUUGGUCCACUUCCAAGAGUGCAGUGUACACCGUCAGCGCACACACAUGCACAAGUUUAGUAAUCAAAUGACAAAUGUCGUUGUUCCUUUUUAA